UUCCUCCCCCUCUUCUUCCUCUUGCUUCUUUCAAUAUCUUAGCAUUGCUUUUCAAAGCUUUGUUUCUUCAUAACCUUUGCAUUGCUCUUGAAGCUUUGUUUCUUCAUACCCUUUUCUCAUUUUCCCUUAACAAUCACUCAUUUUUCCCUUUUUGUGUUGAAUUUUUAAGGAUUUCUGAUCGAAAUGGCGUACGAGGAUCGAUUCGGACAACAAGCUCAAAGAUCAAAAUAUGAUUGCCUUCUUUUUGAUUUAGAUGAUACUUUGUAUCCCCUUAGAGCUGGCCUUGCAAAAUCUGUUCUUCAAAAUAUUAAAGAUUAUAUGGUUGAGAAGCUUGGAAUAGACUCAAGCAAAAUUGAUGACUUGUCAAACCUCCUUUACAAGAACUAUGGAACAACUAUGUCUGGUCUAAGGGCAAUUGGUUAUGACUUUGACUAUGAUGAAUAUCACAGUUUUGUUCAUGGAAGAUUACCUUAUGAGAACUUGAAACCAGACCCUAUUUUGAGGAAUCUGUUGCUGAGUCUUCCCUACAGGAAACUUAUCUUCACAAAUGCAGACAAAGUUCAUGCUGUUAAGGCACUAAGUAGACUUGGAUUAGAAGAUUGUUUUGAAGGAAUUAUAUGCUUUGAGACACUUAAUCCAAUCCACAAGAAUAGUGUCUCUGAUGAUGAAGAUGACAUUGAAUUUGUAGGUUCAACAAGCACUAGUAAUAGUGCAAGUAACACUCAAAUCUUUGACAUCAUAAACCAUUUUGCUCAACCUAAUCCAAGUCUAGUAGUCUUGCCAAAAACACCGAUUAUUUGCAAACCAUCAGAAUUUGCCAUUGAAUUGGCUCUCAAGAUUGCCAACAUUAACCCUCAAAGAACAUUGUUUUUUGAGGACAGUGUCCGCAAUAUACAAGCUGGAAAACGUGUGGGACUUGACACAGUAUUGGUUGGUACAUCACAAAGAGUUAAAGGUGCAGAUUAUGCAUUGGAAAGCAUUCAUAAUCUUAGGGAAGCUGUGCCUGAAUUAUGGGAAAAUGACAUAAAAUCAGAAGUGGCAUACCCUGGGAAGUUAACAUCAGUCACAGCUUGAGAGAUUAUGAAGAAAAUUCUCAAUUUAAUAUUGUUCAUUAAUAAAUUCAAAAUUCAAUCAUAAGACAAAAAAAAAUGAACAAAAAAAGUUAAGAGCAUAGGGAUGAUUCCCUAAAUUCAAAUGUAGUUGAUGUAGAUGCUUUUGUAAUGUUAUUAUUAUUAUUAUUAUUAUAAUAAUCAAUUAGUAUAUGAAAUGAAUAAAUUCUCCUUUUUGAAA